GACGUCACUCUGACAUGGAGCCAUCGCUGGUGGCGGACCGUUGGUCGCCCGGUUGAGAUGGAGCAAAGUUCAUUCAAACGACGGGAAGUUGACCCCAGAACCCGUUAAAAACGAGACCUAGAAACAUUCCCCGUGAUCAUAAGACGAUUUGAUCCACAACUGUUUUAAUGGCUGCACAAUGAAGGCCCAACUUCAGAUAACAGUUCUGUCCGCUAAGCUGCGGGACAAUAAGAAGAAUUGGUUUGGGCCCAGUCCUUAUGUUGAGGUUUGUGUGGACGGCCAGUCCAAGAAGACGGAGAAAUGCACCAACACUCACAGUCCCAAAUGGAAACAGUCUCUCACUGUGAUCGUCACCCCUUUCAGCAAGUUAAUUUUCCGGGUUUGGAGUCACCAGACACUUAAAUCGGACAUUUUGCUUGGCAUGGCCGCUCUGGAGGUCAGCGAGACCUUAAAAGCCAACAAUAUGAAGAUCUGUGAGGUGGUGCAGACGCUGCAGUUGAGUUCAGACCGAGAGCGCUCGGAGGUGGUUGGAGAUCUCUCAGUGUGUCUGGAUGGACUGCAGGUGGAUCCCGAGACUUUUGCUUCUGAGGAACAAAAGCACAAUGCUGUUGUAAAUGGAGAAUCCAAAGUGAACGGGGAUGUAGCAGGAAGUCGAGAUUCUUCCCCAUCCAGUGACAUCGCUGAUGAAGCGGCGCUGCCCAACGGUCAUGCAGUGGGAAGUCCGGGGUCUGCCUCUCCAUCAGCAGUGGCUCUGAGACCCCCCCGCCCAUCUCGACCCCAGCGGCCACAUAAACCUACUUCCUCCACAGCGUCCUCUGCAGGCUCGACUCCCACUCACGGCAGCAGCGCUCCCAGCCCGGAAACAUCUCCACGGGUGUGUGUGAACGGAGAAACCGAGAGUCAGGGGUCAAGCUCAGGCUCAGGGUCAAAUCAGGCUCCCAGGGCCAGUCCAACGCCACCCAGAGCUUCACUGAUCAGUAACGGCCUUCUUCCUCCUGGCUGGGAGCAGAGAGUGGAUCAGAACGACCGCGUUUACUACGUGGAUCACAUUGAAAAAAGAACCACAUGGGAAAGACCAGAACCACUUCCGCCAGGCUGGGAGCGUCGUUUGGACCCAAUGGGCCGUGUGUACUAUGUGGAUCAUAUAAUCCGAACCACCACAUGGCAAAGACCUACACUCGAGUCGGUCCGGAACUACGAGGAGUGGCAGAACCAGCGCAGUCAGCUGCAGGGAGCCAUGCAGCGCUUCAACCAGAGAUUCAUCUAUGGGCUGCAGGAACAGCUUGCGCCUACAGCUAAUAAAGAGUUUGACCCUCUGGGUCCUCUGCCGCCGGGAUGGGAGAAACGGACUGACAGUAAUAGGAGGAUGUAUUUUGUUCACCAUCCUACAAGAUCCACACAAUGGGAAGACCCUCGAACACAAGGGUUGUUGAAUGAGAAGCCUUUGCCGGAGGGUUGGGAGAUGAGGUUCACAGUGGACGGGAUUCCCUAUUUUGUCGAUCACAACAGGAAAACGACGACGUACAUCGAUCCUCGUACAGGAAAAUCCUCCCUUGAGAACGGCCCUCAGAUCACAUACGUACGAGAUUUUAAAGCCAAAAUGCACUAUUUCCGCUUCUGGUGUCAGCAACUAGCAAUUCCUCAGCACAUUAAGAUCCACGUCAGUCGCAAAACGCUGUUUGAGGACUCCUUUCAGCAGAUUAUGAGUUGCCAUCCUCAAGAUCUGAGACGGAGACUGUGGAUUAUUUUCCCGGGGGAGGAGGGACUUGACUAUGGAGGCGUGGCCAGGGAAUGGUUCUUCCUGCUGUCUCACGAGGUCUUGAACCCCAUGUACUGUCUGUUCGAGUACGCCGGCAAAGACAACUACUGCCUGCAGAUUAACCCCGCCUCCUCCAUCAACCCUGACCACCUCAAAUACUUCAAGUUCAUUGGCCGGUUCAUCGCUAUGGCUCUGUUUCAUGGGAAGUUCAUAGACACGGGCUUCUCUUUGCCAUUUUAUAAGCGCAUCCUGAACAAACCUCUGGCUCUGAAAGACCUGAAAGACCUCGACCCGGAGUUUUACAACUCGCUCAUCUGGAUCAAGGAUAAUAAUAUAGAGGAAUGUGGCUUGGAGAUGUAUUUCUCGGUGGAUAAGGAGAUUUUGGGAGAAGUCACCACACAUGAACUCAAACCUGAUGGAGGAAACAUUCAGGUGACAGAGGAAAAUAAAGAGGAGUAUAUCAGGUUGGUUGCUGAGUGGAGGUUGUCCAGAGGGGUUGAGGAACAGACUCAGGCGUUUCUCGAGGGCUUUAAUGAGGUCUUGCCGCAGCAGUACCUGCAAUACUUUGAUGCCAAAGAACUGGAGGUGAUGCUGUGUGGGAUGCAGGAGAUCGAUCUGGUCGACUGGCAGAGGAGCACCAUCUACAGACACUACGCUCGCAGCAGCAAACAGAUCGGCUGGUUUUGGCAGUUUGUGAAGGAGAUCGACAAUGAGAAGCGCAUGCGUCUGCUGCAGUUUGUGACCGGCACGUGCCGACUUCCUGUCGGGGGAUUCGCUGACCUUAUGGGGAGCAAUGGGCCGCAGAAGUUUUGUAUUGAGAAAGUGGGGAAAGAAAACUGGCUGCCAAGGAGCCACACAUGCUGUAACCGUCUGAUCUACAAGCCCAGAGAGACGCAGGUGACCCGUGUGCUGGUUCUGGUGCCCACCAGAGAGCUGGGCAUCCAGGUGCACUCCGUCUCCCGCCAGCUGGCACAGUUCACCAGCAUCAGCACCUGCCUGGCCGUGGGUGGGCUGGACCUGAAGUCUCAGGAGGCGGCGCUGAGGGCGGGGCCAGACGUCCUGAUCGCCACACCGGGACGCCUGAUCGACCACCUGCACAACACGCCCUCGUUUGAGCUCAGUCAGAUCGAGAUCCUCAUCCUGGACGAGGCCGACAGGAUGCUGGAUGAGUACUUCGAGGAGCAGAUGAAGGAGAUCAUCAGGAUGUGCUCCUAUCAGAGACAGACCAUGCUGUUCUCAGCCACCAUGAGUGAAGAGGUGAAGGAUCUGGCGUCCGUGUCGCUGAAGCAGCCGGUGAGGAUCUUUGUGAACAGUAAUACAGACGUGGCGCCGUAUCUCAGACAAGAGUUUGUGAGGAUCAGACCCAAUAAAGAAGGAGACAGAGAGGCUAUAGUUGCAGCUCUCCUGACCAGAACGUUUCAGGACCACGUGAUGCUCUUCACUCAGACGAAGAAGCAGGCUCACCGCAUGCACAUCCUGCUGGGCUUGAUGGGGUUAAAGGUCGGCGAGCUUCACGGAAACCUGUCGCAGACGCAGAGAUUGGAGAGUCUGAGGCGUUUCAAGGACGAACAGAUUGAUAUUUUAGUGGCCACAGAUGUGGCUGCCAGAGGUCUGGAUAUAGAGGGAGUGAAGACUGUGAUAAACUUCACCAUGCCCAACACAGUGAAGCAUUACGUGCACAGGGUGGGCCGAACGGCUCGCGCGGGGAAAGUGGGCCGAUCCGUGUCUCUCGUGGGUGAGACCGAGAGAAAGAUGCUGAAAGAGAUUGUUAAAAAAGCCAAAACACCCGUCAAAGCGCGUGUCGUUCCUCAAGAGGUCAUCCUGAAGUUUCGGGAUCUGAUUGAGAAGCUGGAGAAGGACGUGUACGCGGUGUUGCGCUUGGAGAAGGAGGAAAAGGAAAUGGCUCAUUCAGAGGCACAGAUCAGUUCAGCUCAGAAGAGGUUAACACAGAGCGCAGACGAGAAACAGGUGCCAAGGACGUGGUUCCAAACGCACGAGGAGAGAAAGAAAGAGCGCAUGGCAAAAGCACUGCAGGAUUUUGAUUUGGCUCUGAGAGGAAAGAAAAAACGUGCUCAGUUCCUCAAACAGGGCAAGAAGAAAGUGUUAACGGCGGAGGAGAGAGCUCAGUUCGAGGUGCUGAAGUCUCAGAUGUUUGCUGAACGAGCCGCCAAACGCGAUCGCAAGCAGAAGAGAGCCAGAGCCAUUCCAGAGGACGAACCCGUGAAGAAAGUUUCCAAAGACAAGGGUGGCAAGAAGAAGUCGGUGUUUGACAAGGAGCUCACGAACACCAGCAAGAAAACUCUGAAGCUGUACAGAGCCGGGCCGUCCUUCGAGGACAGGAAGAGACUCGGCAUUCCAAACAAGAAAGGAGGACGCUUCAAGUCAAAGGCCAGGUACAGAAGAAAGUGAAGCCGUGCCUGAUGUAUAAGAAGCCAAACUUCAGCGUAACAUCAGCCUCACAUGAUUUUAUUAUCAUCCUCCCUCCAAUUCCUUCCCCAACGUAAACCCUACAAAUAAAACUCUACAAAUGAAAA